UCCAGACAGAGAAGUGUGAUACAUCACUCCAGAGAACGUCUCCACUGCUCUAGAGUUCCAGUGGUGGCAUGCUUUACACCACUGCAUGUGACGGUUUGCAUUGCACUUGAUGAUGUAAGGCUUGGAUGCAGCUGCUCGGCCAUGGAAACCCAUUCCAUGAAGCUCUCUACGCACUGUUGUGCUAAUCUGAAGGCCACACAAAGUUUGGAGGUGUUUAGCUAUUGACUCGGCAGACAGUUGGUGACUUCUGCUCACUGUGGCUUCAGAUGCGCUGGACCCAGCUCUGUCAUUUUAUGUGGCCUACCACUUUGUUAAGGAUUUACCUCCCUUCCUGACCAGGGCAUAUGGCGCUGCUUUACUUUAACUGACAAUUGCGCGGUCAUGCAACACUGCAUCCAAAUGAAAUGU